AAAUUGGCUUUUGUCUACAGCAAACCAGGCGACACUGGCAGUCGUCAUUUUCCAUCCAAAUUCCCUCCCUCUGAUUUUCCUUUCUCUAUGUGUGUGUCUGUAAGGUGUUUUACUUGAGAAAUAAUAUAAUACAAAAUGAAGAAGGUGGCGGUGUUCGUAUUGCUUCUGGUUUGCACCACUUCUCAAAUAGCUUCAUCUGCCAAAGAUGGUUUAUUGCCAAAUGGGAACUUCGAGCAAGGUCCAAAGGCAUCGGAACUGAAAGGAACAAAAGUGAUGAGUGGCAAGUCCAUUCCCAACCGGGAAAUUUCUGGCUAUGUUGAAUACAUAAAAUCAGCCAAUCUACUAAAGAAUGGAAACUUCGAAGAAGGUCCUUAUAUCUUCCCAAUACUAACUUCCGAAGGACUUAUAAUUCCACCCGAAAUAGAAGAUGAUCACAGUCCUUUACCAGGCUGGAUAAUUGAAUCCCUGAAAGCCAUUAAGUACAUCGACAGUGAACAUCUCUCGGUUCCACAGGGCAAAUGGGCCAUCGAACUCAUAGCCGGAAAAGAAAGCGCGGUUGCACAGAUCGUUAAGACGACAAUUGGAAGAAACUACGUACUCUCAUUUGUUGUUGGCGAUGCUAACAAUGGAUGCGAAGGUCCAAUGAUGGUCGAAGCAUUCGCAGGCAAAAACAUGGUGAUGGUGUCGUAUAACUCCAAGGGCAAAGGUGGAUUCAAAGCGGCUAGACUUGCAUUCAGGGCAGAGUCAACACGAACUCGGAUCAUGUUCUACAGCACAAUUUACACCAUAAAAAGUGAUAAUUCGGGUUCUCUUUGUGGGCCGGUGCUGGAUGAUGUGAUGCUGCUUAGUGUCCGAAAAUUGCGUCACCUGUAAAUUAAAACUGUUUGGAAAAUGUUACGCAACUCAUCCAUUUAGGGGGAACAAAAAACUGAAACUGGACAUCUCUAGUUGCAGUUGUAUUUAUGUGAUGUUAUAGUUGGUGUUGUAACCAACUGAAAAUACCAAACAUAAAAUGAAGCAAUUUGGUGUCUUUACGAGAGAAUAAA